UGUCCGGUCGUCUCGCCGUCGUCUCCAGCGGCCCGGAUAGCGAGCCGGAGACGGUAGCCAUCUCAAUCUCAACCGCGCUUCCUCUCUCUACCACCGCGCAGUUGGUAGGAGCGCCAUCGAUUCCGGCGACCACCGAUGAGGCGGCCUGCGGCAAGUGUCUCUGUAGGAUCGAAGCUACAGUCCGUGGCAAAGAAGUCCAAAGAGAUGAUACACUUUUCUAGAGAUCAGCUGAUGGGGUCAGCAUUUGUUGCAUUUGGCAUCAUAUUAUUUGUGGGUUUCUUCUAUGCCGCUGUUGUGUCCAAAAUGCUCCCGCCUUAUGAGAACUGGCUUCUAGCUGCCAUCCAAAAUGACAGGUAUUACUGCCUACUUGUGCCCUUGACACUUCCUGUGAUAAUUGUGGCUGUCUAUCUGCAUUGGCUAAGCAUGAAGAUGUUCAAGCAUGCCUGAAGAACUGCACAUCUGUUUUGCAGAAGAAGUCAGUUUUCAAGCGUAAAUUGAUGGCAACUUACUAAAUUGACCUCAUAGUGUCACUACUAGGUAUUAAAAUGAGCACAUUCAUGUUUAGAAAGUGUAGUUGUAUUUGUGAAAUGCUUAUGAUGGGAAAUACAUAUUUACUUGUUAAAUGUUUAUAUGAUGGAAAAUGCACUCGUAGUUCUUAUAUAAUUUUUCUUUCUCAAUGGUGAAAUUCCUGGCCUCUCGUUUAAAUAGAUACUAGGUUUAUAGAUAGAUUUCUAUGUGUCUUGUGCAUAUUCUUAUGCCCUGUGUACCAUAUAUCCUGUAUUGACCCUACAAAUGUGUUAGCAUAGUUUUGUGCUGUCAACACAAACAACCGUUUCUUUUUA